AUGGCAACCUCGUCGACUCUCCUCUCCUCGUUUUUCAUUUGCUGCAACAGUUAUCGGCCGGUGUUCGCUAUGGAAGGGAAGACGAACCAGGCCCUGUUAGAGCAACUGCGGAGGGAGCACACUUUUGACUUGAUUCUUUGGGUUCAUGCUGAAAAGAAGCGAAGGAGAUCUUACCGGUGGAGAAAAGGACGAAUGAGGGGUAGUGCCGCUAAAGAUGAGGAAAGGCCGAACUCGGAUGUCAACGCCGCCAUCGCCUUUCAGUCCAAAAGACGCGCUCGCAAAACUGACGGAAGAUUCGACAAUGUCCCCUUUGACCCACGAUUCGCUGCCGACUUCACCAAUACCACCAGUACUUUCGAGGGGAGGCGAAAAUUACCUGUUUUGACACCAGACACGCUGAGCACAGAGCUAUUCAAGGACACGGCCGUUGAUUCUGUGUCGACGGCAACCAACUCAUCAGACGUGCCUAUGCGAUGCAUCUCCACGACCUCCUUUGCCUCCAUAAAAAUCGCUCUCAACAUCGCUUAUUCAAACCAACGAGAGAUGCACUCAGUGCUAUCAUCACGGCCCCUUUGUGUAGUUCAGUUAUUCCGAACUCUGGGAUUUCACACACAUCGAGGGUCACCAAUAUGGUGGAUAUCGAUAAACGGUCAGACGCGGAUUGCCGGCAACACCACUACGCUCCCUUCCCAUCUAUCCUCCGUGCAAUCGAGUCAGGAAUCUAGCAUCCAGGAUUUUGACUUGCGCGACGAUAGACGUAGACGCUUUCCCCGAGGACUAGAAGGGACGGAUUUUGGAGGCUGGGAGGGCACCGAGUCGGAUCAAGACUGGGUUCAGGUUGCCGCGCACGGGUCGAGUGUGAUGCGUGCGCUAGUAACUAUCGCUGUCGAGAAUGCCUCAAUGGAAUUCUCGGCACUCCCGGCACUCACAUUCCCUCAGCACUCGGACUGCUCGAUGUGCUGGAUGUUCGCCUUGUGGGUAUAUGGAAAGGGAAGGAGGGAGAUAGCAGUCAGGAGUCGGAUGCAGGCGAAGGGCGCAAUAGGCGUGUUGGGAUGUCUGGAGAGAAUAUAUGCUUGGUCGUCAUCGAUUCGUUGUUGUCGUCACUGGCGAAUAUGGGCGAAAGAGGGAAAACAACAAGGAUGCACGGACCGGCAGGCCGCCAUCCGUCGAACGACAAAACAGCAUUACAGCAUGCCUGGUUGCCGACUAGCCAAGUACUUGCUGUGCUUGCCAGCAAUGCACUCCAGUCGACUCGGAUUUCGUCUGACUGACAUAGCGAGGAUUAACUUGGAGCAAAAUCGCGUGAACAAAGAUGCCGCUUGA